UAGUGUUGAUGACGAGACGCCGAUCUUAAAAAAAAUAACAACAGUGCGGCUAAUAUUGGCACAUCUAGCUAUGUAUUAAAGUCAUGAACCAUGGUCAAAGAUAAAUUCUGUGCAUUGCUAUUGCGUAGGCUUAUGUGACCGUUUGCUGCUUCACUUUUUGUCGUGUUUGUAAUUAUUAGAUACGAAAUAGCGGAGCCGGUUGAAUAUACUUUGCAUGGCCGGUCAUCUAAGUUGGCUGAGAUGUCAUUCUCCACGUUGUUGUAGCUCCAUUUAUAUGAAAGCGACUUGCAAUCAUGACGCUUCCAGCUUUGCAAAACACCAGUGUGCUCUACCGAAGAAUUCUGUCGCAGUUCCCUCAAGACAUCAGCCUCGCAUUUGCCUAUGGCUCUGGAGUAUUCAAACAAAAUGGAACUAGCCAAGGUCAAAUGGGGAGAAACAUGCUGGAUUUUGUGUUGGCUGUAGACGAUUCAGUCACCUGGCAUACCAUGAACCUGAUGCAGAACAGAAAACACUAUUCUGUAUUAAAGUUCCUGGGUCCUAGGAAGAUCAGCCGGAUACAGGACGAACAUGGGGCUGGGGUGUACUACAACACCUUAGUACCUGUGGAUGGAAGGAUAAUUAAGUAUGGUGUGAUCAGUACUGACUCUCUGAUUGACGACCUGCUCCACUGGAAGACCAUGUAUAUUGCUGGCAGACUGCACAAACCGGUGAAGAUCCUAGUGCAGGGUGAGAACGGGAAGCUGCAUGCAGCGUUGGUGGGGAACCUGAAGAGCGCUGUAACGGCCUCCUUCCUUAUGCUGCCUGAGAGCUUCUCUGAAGAGGACCUGUUCCUGCAGAUUGCUGGGCUCUCCUACGCCGGGGAUUUCAGGAUGGUGAUUGGAGAAGACCGGUCCAAGGUGGCUAACAUUGUCAAGGAAAACGUCCAACACUUCCGCAUUCUGUACAACAAUAUUCUGCAAGAGUGUCCACAGGUGGUGUACAAGCCGCACCAGGGGAAACUGGAGGUGGAUAAGAGUCCAGAGGGUCAGUUUGUCCAGCUGAUGGCCCUCCCCAGGACCCUGCAGCAGAGGAUCACACGACUGGUGGACCCGCCAGGGAAGAACAGGGACGUGGAGGAGAUACUACUACAGGUGGCCCAGGACCCAGACUGUGGUUCUGUGGUGCAGCAAGGGAUGUCGUCAAUAGUGAAGUCUUCAAGCAUAACUCAGACUGCCAAAGGAAUCGCCACGGCUGGGCUGCUGAAGUCGCUGUCCUAUAGCACCAAGAAGCUCCAGAAGAUGUGGAAGGGCUGGAGAAUGAAGACACCCUGAUCCUCCCAGUUAUAUUGAAGCAAUAAGGCCUGAGGGGGUGUGGUAUAUGGCCAAUAUACCACGGCUAAGGGCUGCUCGUCCGUUCGUACGUACAGCGCGACGCGGAGUACCUGGACACAGCCCUUAGCCGUGGUAUAUUGGCCAUAUACUGUAUCACAAACCCCCGAGGUGCCUUAUUGCUUAAAUAUAACUAGUUACCAAUGUAAUUUUAGAGCGGUAAAAAUAAAUGUUUUGUCAUACCCGCGGUAUACGGUCUGAUAUACCGCGGCUUUCAGCCAAUCAGCAUUCAGGGUUCGAACCACCCAGUUUAUUAAUGGUUAUAUACUGUACAGUCUCUUUCUGCUGAACUGAAAUACCAACCUGUUCCCCUUGGGGUCAUUGUUCCAAGAGGAUGCAACAUCACAGAAUGUUUUAGAUUGAAAUGUGUUGUGUUCAACAUAUACACGAUACCCUUGUCAAUAAGCACAAUAGGGAAUUGUUACAUUUUUAUCUGCAGCGCUGUGAAUGUUUCACCUAAUUGAAUUACAACCCAGUUACACAAAGAGGUCCUUUUUUAAAAUGAAUCACUGUUUCCCUGCACCUUUCCUAAUCUACAUAUAGGGUCUGUUUGACAUUUUUUAAAUCGGCCAUUACCUGGGGUGUAUUCAUUCCGCCAAAGCAAACGUUUUAAGUUGCAGACGUUUCGUCAAACAGAACAAAACCGGGAGUGCUGAGCGAUUUUUAACUGAAAUUUUGUAGGAGGUGGCUUAUGGUAGACAAAUUAACAUUCAAUUCUAUGGCAACAGUGCCGGGUGAACAUUCUUGCAAUCAGCACGCUCCCUCAACUUGACAUCUUGUGGCAUUGUGUUGUGACAAAACGGCACAUUUUUAAACGUGGCCUUUUUUGUCUCCAGCACAAGGUGCACCUGUGUAAUGAUCAUGCCGUUUAAUCCGUUUCUUGAUAUACCACACCUGUCAGGUGGAUGGAUUAUCUUGCUCACUAACAAAUUUAUGCAGAAAAUUUUGAGAGAAAUAAGCUUUUUGUGCAUUUCAGGAAUAUUUUACUUCAGCUCAAGAAACAUGGGACCAACACUUUAUAUGUUGCGUUUUAUAUUUUUGUUCAGUGUACAAUGACCAUAAUCCAUUGCACGCCUACUUGUCUGGUCUGUGUGGUGCAGACAUGGAGAGAGAGAAGACCACGGGAUAGAGAGCAGCUGCUUUGCUAGGUAUCUCUACCUGAAAAUACAUGAUCCAAGUGAUUGAUAGUUGGUAUCCAGCGGUCAUAGAAGUAUGCCUUAUUUACUUUGAAGAACUACUAAAAUAGUGAUUCUGUCAGAUAACAUAGCACCAGCUCUAUAGAGAUGACUUAGUGAUUCUGACAGACAGCAGCUCUAUAGAGAUGAGAUGACUUAGUGAUUCUGUCAGACAGCGUAGACAGCAGCUCUAUAGAGAUGACUUGGAAUUCAAAAUAAUAAAGUUAUCAUAUAGACCUGAAACAGCAGAAAUACUUUAUUAAAGUAAUGUGAAUAAAUGAUGGUUAAGUGAUGAGCAGUAAAUGGACAGUCAAUACUGUCAUGGGACUUAUUGUUUCAUUCUGUGUCAACCCACAAUGCAUUUCAUGUCAAAAGAAAAUAAUUGAAACCAAAAUUGAAAACCCAGGUACCAGGAGGGACCUACCUGAAUUUGACUAGUAGAAACUCUCACCAAACUAAAAUGUUUUGUUUGGCAGACUGAAUUCUCCCCUGGAUAACAUCACGGUACAUUGUGUGUCACCCACAAUGAUGUAGGGUGUAAGUGACUUUUUAGUGCACUUAAAAAGAGAAUGAAAGAAACAGUAUGUCACUCAUAUCCUUGUAAAAUGGCAGUUUUUUUAUGAGAAUGGAUUAAAGUGUCAUCACCUUG